AGGAGAAAUCAUCUGCAAGCGGAGCGCUGGAAGACCUCUCGUCCUCCGACUUCCCUGAGCGAGCUUGGAUGCUGGAAGAAGCCUCUUGGAUAUGGGAUCAUAUCUGGUUUAUCACAGCCUGGGUUUGAUCCUCUGCUGCUCCGUACUGAGUUCAGUCUACGCUCUGGUGGAUGCUGAUGAUGUCAUCACCAAAGAGGAGCAGAUCUUCCUACUGCUAAAAGCCAAGGCUAAGUGCGAACGACACCUGAAAGCCAAGGUGCCCAAGGUGCAUGAUGGUUUUUGUCUUCCGGAGUGGGAUGGUAUUGUCUGCUGGCCUGAAGGUGUGCCAGGCAAAGUGGUGGCUAUGCCAUGUCCUGAGUACAUCUAUGACUUCAAUCACAAAGGCCAUGCUUAUCGCCGGUGUGACCUGAACGGGAGCUGGGAGUUGGUCCCAGGCAACAACCGCACCUGGGCAAACUACAGUGAAUGUGCCAAGUUCCUCACCAACGAGACAAGGGAAAGGGAGGUCUUUGAUCGCCUCUAUUUGAUUUAUACUGUUGGAUACUCCAUCUCUCUGGGAUCCCUCACAGUUGCUGUCCUUAUCCUGGGAUACUUCAGACGUUUGCACUGCACUAGAAACUACAUCCACAUGCACCUGUUUGUCUCCUUCAUGCUGAGAGCCAUGAGCAUCUUCGUAAAGGAUGCGGUCUUGUACUCUGGGUCAGCUUUGGAGGAGAUGGAGCGCAUCUCAGAGGAAGACUUGAAAUCCAUUACUGAAGCACCUCCAGCGGAUAAAUCACAGUUUGUGGGCUGUAAAGUAGCGGUUACCUUCUUCCUCUACUUCCUGGCAACCAAUUACUACUGGAUUCUGGUGGAAGGGCUCUAUCUCCACAGCCUCAUCUUCAUGGCAUUUUUCUCAGAGAAGAAGUAUCUUUGGGGAUUCACAUUAUUUGGCUGGGGACUCCCUGCUGUAUUUGUUACAGCGUGGGCCAGCGUGAGAGCCACUGUAGCUGACACAGAGUGUUGGGACUUGAGUGCUGGCAAUUUAAAAUGGAUUAUUCAGGUGCCCAUCCUGGCAGCUAUCGUGGUAAAUUUUAUUCUUUUUAUCAACAUUAUCAGAGUCCUAGCAACCAAGCUACGAGAGACAAAUGCAGGGAGGUGUGACUCAAGACAACAGUACAGGAAGCUGCUGAAAUCUACCCUCGUCCUUAUGCCUCUGUUCGGCGUUCACUAUAUUGUUUUCAUGGCUAUGCCAUACACAGAUGUGUCAGGGAUUCUUUGGCAAGUUCAAAUGCACUAUGAAAUGCUGUUCAACUCUUUCCAGGGAUUUUUUGUUGCCAUCAUAUACUGUUUUUGCAAUGGAGAGGUCCAAGCAGAAAUAAAGAAGUCAUGGAGCAGGUGGACAUUAGCACUUGACUUUAAAAGGAAAGCACGAAGUGGGAGCACAACCUACAGUUAUGGACCAAUGGUUUCCCACACCAGCAUCACAAAUGUAGCCACAAGAGGGGCACUUGCCCUCCAUCUCAAUACGAGACUUAUACCAGGGACCCUCAAUGGACACCGGAAUUUGCCAGGUUAUGUAAAAAAUGGCUCCAUUUCUGAAAACUCCAUGCCUUCUUCUGGACCAGAGCAGUACAACAAAGAUGAGGAGUACCUGAAUGGCUCUGGGCUUUACGAUGGAGACAGACCCACAGUACUUGUUGAAGAAGAAAGAGAGACGGUCAUGUAAAGGGAGGAGGAGAAAAAAGAAGCAAAAGGAUGAAAAAGGUUCCUGGAGAGCAUUUAGUGGGCAAAAGAAUAUCAGGCCACACAUCGGAUGCCGAGGGUUUCCAUACAGUUUCUCUGUUCUGUGGAACGAGAGGUUAAGUUAUAUGGGAAAAAAAAGUGAGCCACCAACGUGGCCAGCUGUUGAUCACAUACAUAUACUCAGUGAUCUAUGUCUCCCUGGUGUUAACGGAGGCAGGGCUAUCCAGACCCACGGGCCUUGCUCCCUGCUGAACAACAGAGAUACUGAGAGUUCGUGAGGGAGGGUUGCAAAGCAGCAUGUGGUCCCUGGACCUGUUGGAGAGCGUGAGCAGCUGAGGAGGACAGGAGUUUCACUCAGUAAAGCAAGAGUCUUGAGGGGAGUGUACAGUGCCAUCUUCUUGCGAGGGUAAAAGCCACCCUGGGCAUCAGCGUCUUCAGUUUGGCUUGCUCUUGCCCUGUAAAGUCUGCCUGGUAACACACACAACACUGGUCAAGACCCCUUGGGGGUCAUAGCAGCCUGAUCUUGCAGACAAGCGCUCAACGCGGACAGCUCGGUACAACCAGUUGCAUGUUCUUCCCUUGGGCAAUCUCCCUCCUUGGCAAAAUGCUCCUCUGGGGUGGGCAGGUUUAACAGCUCAUGGUUGCUGGAUGCAGGCUGAAAACUCUGUUCUUCUUUCCCUGACCUCAGUCCCAGUAGCAAGCCAGAAACCAGUGCAAUUUUAGGAUGGAAAAUGUGGUUAUCAGAAUGUGCGACAUUUUUGUUCUUCCAGAUGCAGCAGUGGAGAGGGGCCUGUCGAGUGGGCUGAGGCAGGGCGGGGGAUUUGCAGGUCUUGGGUACGUGUGCCUGUGCAUGUGUGUGGCUAAAAUCACUUCAGAGCUUAGCUCACUCAGCCCUCCAUUUCUGUGGAUGCUCAUGGAACGAGGUUUUUUUUAAACCUUUAAAUUUUUUAAACCUUUGAAUUGCUUCUCACUCUCCUCUCUGAAUUUCCUGCUUUUCAUUCAUCCAAACCCUCGUGAGGAGAAAGACUCUAUCAACAGUCUCGCCUGUAUCACCCAGAAAUACAAACUGCUGGAUACAGCCAGACAAACCUACCCUCAUGAGAUCGGAAGGCAAAAUUUGCCAGCUAAAAGCACAAGGGAUGUUUGUGGACAUUCUCCCCCUGAGCAUCUUCUGAACUUUCCUGUUCUUUGUGGUUUGGUCACAUACACACAUAUGUACACUGGAUCAGACUCUUGGCUGGUGUAAACAAGCGUAACUUCAAACAAACUCACUGAGUUUGCCUAGAGAUGCUCAGAUGAGGAGAUGUUAUUGUGUUGCUUCCAAAGGGAAAAGCACAAGGAAAUGCCUCCUUCCUACAGAGAGAGGGACCAGGGAGAUUUUGUCACCUUGCAGAGUUUCCCUUGCUGGUGGGUUUCACACUGUGUGCCAAAAGGUCAUUUUCUGACACACCUCAUGUCUUUAGCAGCAGCCAUCAUUAGUUGCCAUCAUUGGUACCAUCAUUGUUGGCCAACAGUGCACUGGACUGGUGUCUUUUCACACUAGCUAAGCAUCCAGCAAAGGGGCUCUGCCAGUUCCCAAGCAUGAUUCAGAAUUGCCCGGAAGUGGGAAAUUAGAAACAGUGACCAAACUUCCUAUUGCAGCAUGUGCUUCCCCAGAGGAAUGACUCUGGCUGAGCCAGCCUGGACCCUCUCUUCAGCCCCUGUCACAACAUCACCCCUUGCUGCAGUCUAGGAGUCAGCUCCUCAUGGUGCUUUUUUUUCUUAUUUCUUUUUUUCCUUCUUGGCAAGUUUCUAGUACCUAAAACAUUUGACCUCACUUGGCUGUUACUCAAAUGGAAUAGGAAGGAGGUACUGGGCAAGUCUGAAGUUUCUAUGAUUCUAUAAACUCUGCAGGAGUCCUUUACGAUGCAGGUGGAGCAGGUGGAGCCGAUGGGAUAAUCUACUCUCCAUCCUGAUCCUUUAGAUACAGCUGCUGAGUCACAUCAACCAGCACUUCUGAGAUACAUCUGGUUGAUGCAAUCGGCAAAUUAAGGACUAACUUCCCCAAAACUCUGAAGGAGGUCAGGAAGAGUUGGAACGUUGACUCUGUGGCCCGCAUAUCCUUUAAACAACCUCUCAGGUUAGGGCCUGAUCCAAAGCUCAGUGAAGUCAAGGAAAAAACCUUCUCCCUUCAACAUCUCUGAGUUUUGGAUUCAGAGCUGGUAGGGGAUGUGGUGGCUGAGAGGCAGUGCUCUGUCAGGCACUGAAGCACCUCUUCUCCAGCAGGUAAAGACAUACAUGAGUGGGUCUUUAAAAGCCAGUAUUUAUUUGUGAUGUUCUUUUCUUGUUUUGCAUCAUUCGAAUAAGUCAGAACUCAUCAUAACAAUUUACUACCAAAUGGCAGCUAUUGAAAUGUCAGGUUUUCAAAGAAUAAUCUUUUUUCGUGCUCUCUUAUUAUUGUUGUUGUUGCUGUUAUUUGUAUAACAAUAAUAACAAUAGUAUUACAGAGGAGUUAAGUACUCUUGCAAGAGAAGUCAACUCUAGUGAAAGUUUGGCAUGGAGAGCCAACCAGCUCUGCAUAAAUCUGGGUCAGCCCAGCUACACUCACUGCUCGCCUUUUCCUCGCAGAUGCUGGUAUGGCUUCUGGAGGCAAUCAAAGGGGGCAAAAGUUAUUAACAGUCAGCUGUCAGAGUGUAUACAGCUGCAUUAUUUAGCAUCCCUUGUGGCUGAACCGCCAAUGACAGAGAAGAACACUGAAUAUGCUGGCUCUGGCUUUCCACACUUCCAGAAGUACAUUAUGCUUAAAUCCUGCAAGAAUGCAAUGAGCCUCCAGAUUUUCUCACUUAAAGAAAUUUCUUAGUAUCUUUUCACUGCUGGAACAAAGCAAAAAAAAAAACCAAAACAAACCCCAAAAAAGCCCAUCAGUGACUCACUAUUUGCUUGUGUUUGUUCCUGAGAACUCAAGAUUAAUAACAUGUUUGACAAUCACUUAGCAAAAUUCAAGGAAUUAGCAAAAGCCAUGAAAUUAUUUAUAAAUAGAUACAACAUCCCUCAUAAAAGGAGGCCCUCACUGAAAUGCAUUCAUCACUGGAUUAUUUAGAAUAAAUGUCUAAAAUCUGUUGUUAAACAUAGAUAAAAAUUGCAUGCAGAAGAGAUUUACAGGGGAAGAAAUCUCUUCUUAAUCCUUUCAAUUACAAAUCAUACGUAAUAGAUAUAUUUUUUUUCUGGGUGUUCAUGUGCGUGAGCAAUAUUCAUGCAAAAAUCGGGAAAAUGCUGAUACCAAAACAGGGGAAUAACUGUAGACUGUAUGUUUGUCAAAGCCUGUUCCUAUCUUUCCUGGGUUGAUUACAAACUCUUGAUUGAGUCUAGAGGCCAUGAUCUAUUAGCUAGAGAUCCACGGAUCACUGAUUGUAGUGAGGAAGGGAUCAGAGCUGCGAUGUUUAAAAAACAGAGAAGACGCCACAAUUUGUCAUUGCGAUUUGCCCUGGAAGGGAAAGCAGAGUGGUCCUGCUGGCCCUUAGCCAAAGCCUCUAGAUUCAAAGUAGGGUCCCCUUCGCUUCCUCCAUCACCGGGAGAUGCGGGCGUUUCCCAAGGACCGUUUAUCCCCAUCCAAAAGUCUGAGCCCACCUGAGGUGACAGUUCCUCUCCUGUCUGAUUUACUAGUGCAGGUGUAGCCCCGACGGCCACAGAAAACAGAUACAUGGUGAGGUGAGGAUGCAUUCAGCUGUGGUUCAUCUAGUUACCACUGCAAACCCCACAGGCAGGGCAGGAUUUGUGCCCAUCCUGGCUCGGGUCCAUCAUGGGAUGGUGGAGCAGAGAUUGCUUUGGAGCCAGUGUGCAGCAAACACAUGGGCAAAGAGAUUUUUUUCUCAAGGUCGUUUCUAGCAGGAGGCAACGGUCCAAAGGAGCUGGUUGUCUGUAUUUUCCUAGUUUUUCUUCCUCCACAGUGUCAGCUUUGUGCCUCUUUUCUUCCCGUCUUGUAAAGCAGCUGGCAACACUCAGGAGUCCUAUAGACCCCCUCACUUCUCUAAACCUGCUGGGCUGGCACAGGCCAAGCUGUGUGCUGCAAUAUCCCAGCUGACUGGCUACAUGGGGAGGAAUCCCCUCUUGGGUUCAUCUCUUGGAUGUGUGUCCUCUUCUCCUGUGCCACAGCGUCACUGGACUUGAGCAGGGAAUCUCACCCCCUGGCAGGUUCAUCUCAUGGUACCAACCCAGCACCUCUUCUAUUCCCAUCCACAGCAGCGCAGCCUACUUUUCUUCUUGAGUCCUUCCUACAUGAUCUACCUCUUUUCCAGAUGGACACAGAGCUGUUAAAUGUUCCUCAGCCUUGUGUCUCUUAAGGAUGACUUUUGGCAGGAGCCUUGUCAUUUCUGCUUUGUCUGGAUACGUGCAGACGAGUGUUUUUACACCUUCUGUAUACUGCUUGGUUUUGGUUCAGAUGAGAUCAUGUCUUGUCCUACUCUUCACCAUUCCUCAUCUAUGCUUCUUCUUGUCUGAUACGUAUUAGAGCCAAACCAGUUCACAAAGAUCUUCCAAAACUGAACUCUUCAGCCAGGGAUUGGCUUCAUUUAUCUGUUUAUGGGUGAUUGGCUGAAAGUCAUAGAACAUCCACAGUGCUGGUAGAAUUUUCCAUUUUUUAAACUGUGAAAAUACAUUAAGAGGGAAGUUCUCCAACUUUUAUUCCUGUUUAUUGUUUUGACUAACUCAAUGGCUGGAUUAAAAGUUUUAAAUUUCAGGCUCUGAUGUUUCAAAAAGUUAAGAAACUUUAGUUAUAGGUUGGGUUCUUUUGCUUUGUCACUGGCUGAUUUUUCUGCACACUUUCCACCCAGAAUUCAUUGAAAGCUUCAAGCAGAAUUACCGAUGAUGAGGACAGGGAUCCUUUAACUCAUCUGAAUCUCUCACUAUGGUCAAUGACUCUUGCACCUGAGAUAGGACUGCAUGAAAUAAGAGAAAGCACUUUAAGAGUUGACCUUUAAGAGAGGUUGUAUGAACCUGUGAAGUCUUUUCAUAUGCAACAUUGCUUCUUAUUGGCGUAUGUGGGUUUUUUUUCUACACGUUGGUGGCCAUGAGUUUGCUGAAGACCAGUCUGUGCCUUGUCAUGGAAAGUUAUGCAGCAGUAAUGUGGUUCACAUCCCUCUCUUUCUGGCCUUAUCUGAAUUUUAUGACAUAUUAGCUGUAACAGGAAGAAAAGCAAACAAACAAAAUAAAGAAAAAAAAAAAAAAGUACCUGGAGCAGUAUUUUCCAAAGUUGGGGGAUAAUGGCUCAUCAACUCUAUAUCGUAUGUCACAAAUGGGCAUUGCAUUGAUGGCUGCAAGUUGCAAACUGCUCAGCAGGUGAGGAAGCUUUGUUUUAAGGCCAUGAGCAGGUUAACCUAUGUCUUUCCCAUGCCACUUCCCUGCUGACAGCACCUGCUAGAGAAGAGAUCAUGUUGCACCCUCAGGCAGGCCUAGGAGAAUUGGCCUUUUUCAAUAAGCUUCAUGCUGGAACAGGUUUGCUGUUUGAUUUCUUCUUAUUAUUAUUUCUACUGCUAUUGCUGGUGGGCUGCCAUGUUCCACAGAGUGAACAGAGGACGUAUAUGAUAUCUCUGUCCAGCUACAGUGUGAUUCUUCAGACAGAGUAGAUUUUAUACUCAUCCCUCUAGGGUGUCUUGAAAUGAGAAAAAUGUUAAAUUGUAAAGGAAAUGAGUUUGUGAAAGACCCAAUAAAUAAGUUUCCAUCAUGAUUGGCCAUGGCUCUCUGGAUUUGCCUGGAAGACAUAACGGUUCAUAAACUGUAUAAGUAAAAUAAAGAGCAUGUCCAUCUCUGUGGACAUUCACUGGAAGGCAGUUCUGUUUUGACCCACGGAAGUGAAAGGUUGAACCUGCUGGACAGCCAAUACAGUUGGCCCAAAGGAACAUUUUGUUUUGAGGCACGAAAUCAUAAAAAUUAUUGGGCAUAUCCUGCUCCACCCAAACUAUUUUUGUGGCCACUCAUAAAAUCAAAACUCAAGCUUAGCUCUUAGCUAAAGGUAGUGGGGGGAAAUAAAACAGAGGUGAGCUGUUGCACAGACACAUGAUCAGCUGAAGACUAUUAAAACAUAACUUCAUCACUGUGAUUCUAAAAGAAAUCACCUUGGAAAUGCAGAAUGAACUUGCUUUAUUCAGGAAAAAGACAAAAGGGAAAGGAAAAGAAAAAAAAUGCAGGUUGGCAUUUCUUUUCUUUUCUUUUUUUCCCCAAUAACAUUCAGUUGGACAGAAAGAUUGAGCUAGAAAUCUGGUCUCCUUGGUGUUUCCAUGUGCUCCUUGGCCUCUCCAUAGGAAAUCUCCACAGGCCAUUGUGAAUGAGUUGGGAUGGAGAGAGACACAUGGACAUGCAACUUGGAAUCCGCCUUGGCCUAUGACCAGCUACUGGUCCUUUAAAGCUUAGGGACAUCAAGCAAUUGUGUGCUGAAACAGAAAUAUUGCUAAUGUGCUUCAUUUAGUGGUUAACUGCAAAUUAAUUUGCUGUCUAAUAUAUCAAGUCUUGUUCGAGGCAAAGUGUAUCCUAAUCAGGGUGCUUCUCUACUCAGUGCUAAUAGACAUCUUCACUGGCUUCUCUUUGGUCUGUAGGCGGUUUAGGAGAUUUUAGAGCAGGUAUCUUCUACUGAGAGCCUAGCAGUUGAAGCUGGGAUCGUUAGAUCUUUGAGCCUGCUUGUCCCUAGUGGGUAGAGAAGCCCAUAAAAAGGACACCAGAAGGGUGGACAAACUUCCCCUCUAUAUCGGUCCCAAACUCAGGUGGGUUGGAGUCCUUCUCCACGCUUCAUUCCUUUUUUUCCAAACUGGUCCUACAAAACAACCCCCAAAAACUUAUUUAAAGAAGUUGGUUAAGCAUUUCAUUUUCUUUUAUGGCUAGAAGCCAAUCUCAACUCUAUUUCAAAACCAAUCCAGAGCAUCGGAAUGGGAAGAUGAUUUGCUCAGGUCAGCUGCACAGUCCCAUAGUCUCAUCAUUACCGAUCACACCGGGCUCAGAGAACAGGUACCCCAGCAGAGAUGGAAGGUCGUUCUGCCGAAAUAGUCUUUCAUUCUACGUGAAUUUAUAAGAAAAGGGAACAGAAAGCAAGAAAAAGACUCGCUGUCUUUACACCACACUUAAGAAGGGUUAUAAAUGAUAAAAUAGUAAUUAUAAGUUAUCUUUUUUUUUUUAUUUCAUCAGGUUCUGCUGAGUGUCCUGAUGGUUUUUGUGCAGUGUCUGGUUUCUCCCAAGCCAACCGAGUUCUGUGGUGGAUAGAAGAGUUAUAAUGAGUGGACAGAAUCAUUCAGAGCUGGUCUCUGGGGCAGGACAGUGAGAAACAGACCUGAUGUUGAUUUUAUAUUCAUUGGCAGAAGGCAGGAGCUACUCCACUGAAGUUAAUCGAGUUAACUCGGUCUAAUGCCAAGGCAAAACAGAUCUGAAUCUAGACCACAGUUCAAGACUCAUGUACAAUUUGCAUAAUGGAAUUAAAAUAAAGCUUCCAAGUCUAGCUACAGAAAUACUCUGCUGAGUAUUAAAGACAAGGCUUGCGGUUUGGGAUUAAAUAAAAGGACACACAAGGAAUCAGCUGUCACAUACAACAAUCCAGUUUUGUCCGUUCCUGAGCCACACUCAGCUGUUUCAAUUGGUAGGGAUUUUUCUUUGCCCCUUCUUUCUUUUCUUCUCUGUCCUAUUUGCAUGUGAACUCAGAUCCUCCAAGUUUUCAUACUGUCUUCCAGGUUUAAGCUAGCCCCGCGGUAUACAAAGUUCAAGAUAGUAUCAACAUUUUGCCAGGACUUGGGAGGCGAGUACAAAAAAGAAUGUCACAGGGGAGCAUUAAAAUAAAUAUCAAAUGAGGUUCCUCUGAAACCUUUCCCACAGACCAGGGAAAGGUUUGCAGACCUUGGCACAGCAUUUCAUCCUCCAACUGAACUCACUCGUGUUUUGCUCGUAGAUGAUCUCGAGCCAUUCAGUAUGACCUGCAAAGCUCACACAAUGUCUUUCCACUGGCUUCACAGGGCUUGGGGUUAGAGCUGGUAUGCUCAUUUAAAUAUUCUUGUUUAAAUGAAGUUUAAUAUUCUGAUCUGCUCAUGUGGUUUCUUCAUCCUUCUCUAGAUUGGUACAUUAGUGCUGUGUCGGGGCACACUUGCAGAACUGUCCCUUGAACUGCCUUUGCAUCUGUGGCAUGUAGGAAUUACUGAACCCAUCAGGGGCCAUCCCCUUUCUGACCAUGUCUUGUGGUGGCCUUCAGUAGUGACAGGCAGUGAUGCCGCUUUGCAAGGGAGCCGAAAGCAGCAUUUGCAAGAACAGAGUGCAACAAACUUUGUCCUAAUUCAGAAUGGAUUUGAAAGACUCCAGCGAGGCAGGGCAGGGCUGGGCUGGAAAUCAGCUCAGAGUCUGGCAGGGGCCAGGAACAAAAGAAAAAAAUUAUGGAAGAGCUGACACAGAUGAUCUUAAGUAAUUAGGAAGUCUUAUAAAUCUGGUUUCUUUUCGGACAGACCUCUCUAUCCAGCGCAGAGCUGACAGAGGUAGACUCCAUUGCACAAUUACUCUCCCUCCUCAAGAAGGGAUGUCUUGAGAGAGCAAACGGGAGGCAUGUAACAAAGUCAGUUCAACUUUCUCUUCUUCAUCAUCCUCACUGGCACUUUUUCUUUCUGUUUUCACCUGAAAAAAAGGAGUCCAUUAGGACAACCUCACCAUGAGAACCUGGAAUUCAGACCCAUUUGUCCUGGCUCCCACAGAGUAACUUCUCCCUGUGAUCACAGCAAUUGUUUUUCUGGGACAUUAACUAAGGAAUUUGAUGGUAUUUAAUUAUCUUCCUCAGACUGAUGGUUAAUGAUUCUGGGCUAGCAAUGUGGUGUGCAACAGCAGAAAUGUGCUGGCAUCAAUUUGGGAUGAAAUCCCGACCCCAUGAAAAUCGGCACCAAAAUGUCUGUUGAUUUCCAUGGAGUGGGUUUCACCCAUAAAUUCUGAAGAAGAAAAGGAUAACGAUUCAAACAAAUGACCUCCCCCAGCCCCAAAACCUUACUUGCCACCCAUAUUUCAGGGUGUCCUUUUGCUUUAGGUCAAUACAAGACCUGAAAGCAGAGACCAAGAAGUAGAAGUGGUUCGAUGGCAGUCUUUUCUCCUGAAAUGCUUCCCAAGUGACAACAUCAGGCUUUUGUAUUGGUGUCAGCUUCUGCUUGUGGGGAUUUAGGAUGUGGUAGAUAUUUGGCUAGAAAAAGACAUGGGAUUAAAAUGUUUGAGAUAGAUGGGAUUAGUAUGCACUGGGUUUCCAAAAUACCUGGGCCUACAUCCUCUGAAAUAGAGCUACAACAUCCACUUGAAAGACUGAUUAGAACAAACUUAAAUGAAGGGUGUUCUCCAAACAGGCAGACCUCAGGUGCCUAAAACAGAAGACAAAACAAUGACUUCACCAGCAUCUAUUUAAACCAGAGCAUUACAACAGGCAUGAGCCCUUCUAAAUAUAGAGCUGGGUGCGUCUUGCCAGGCCAAGGUUUUACCUUUAAAUUUUUCUUUAAAUCAAUCAUUCUUCAUUGAGAGCUGCAGGGAAGGAUGAACAGGAAGCCAUUUGUUGUUAGAGGUGAAAUGUUUUAAAGGACAGGUUGUAGAGGUAAAGCUGGUGGUAGAGGGAAACCAGUUGGUGACAGAGAGGAAGGACAGGCUUAGCCAGGCACCGUCACCCAAACCCAUCCCCUCGGUCCAUCCCUGUGUUCAGAAAUACUAUGUCGAUCUCUUGCCAUCUGCAUGAGCUGGAGCAUGCAUGAAGAGACAGAUCUGCUGCUAAAACUCAUUGCUUCGUCUCAGCAACUUCAGGGUGACCCAGCCAUGGUGGUCACCAGAAGUGAUGGGGUCUGGGCAUUAGCAAAAGGACUCAGCCAUUCCCAGUGGUCUGCCAGGCUCUGCCCAGGGAUAUCUGUUUUCAAGAUAUUGGCUCCAUUUUUCUAGUCUCAACAGGAGGCAAAGUAGUUGGGGUGUGUUCUUCCCCCUCCAACGUGAACGCUUUCACAGAAGUGGGUUUUAAGGCCUUGUUUUACUUCAGAAGAGGGACAAUACUGAAAAAAUAAAGGAUGAAACUGUGAUUUAUUUCUAUGGGUUACGGGGACAUUGCCUUGUGUGUGUCGUUAGGCAGGCAUUUGGUUUACAUUCCUCCACUUCUGCUUUCUGUAUGGACCAAAGUAACAAGCAGAAAAUGACAAACCACAGGUGUAUGUAAAAGGGAAUUAAAAUAAAAAGAAACCUUUAUUG